CGAAGAUAUAUGAUCCCAUAUUUAAUAUGAGCUGCUCUAGGGGGCAUCCAUCUCUUUCACAAAACUGGAAUGUUAUUGGCCACUUCUUCCCUACCUCGAUCUUCCCAUCAUCAUCAUCACAUCCCCAGCAAAUACUGCUUUCAUUUCGAUCUCUGUGUAGUAAAACCCACAACCUUAAAAUUCUUCCUCGUCAGUACUAGGAUUCUAUUGUUGUUCUUAUCCACUUCAUCUUCAAUUCAAUUCUGGGCUACCCCCUAGUCUCAAGAUUCUUCUAGCUACCUAGCUCUUCAAGCCCAAGGUCUAUAAAGGGAGACAUAAACUGAGGGAGGGUGAGGGGCUGCAAGUGCCAAGAAAAGGGUGCUGAGAAACCCAGAAUUCUGCAGGUUUUUACUGCAAUGGAAAAGGUUGUUAAUCCAUAUGAUAAGGAAUCUAUGAAGAUGGCUAUGUUAAAGCAUGAGGAAACCUUCAGAUACCAGGUUUAUGAGCUUCAUCGUCUGUAUCGAAUCCAGAAGGGGCUAAUGAAGAACAUUGCAGAGCAGAAAAGGCAAGAAAGCCAGAAGGGUGCCAAGAAAGCUGCUAUUACCAAUUCAAAUUCCAGCAAGGGGACUGCAGAAGAAGAGUGCAUUGGGGAGUCUGGUGAUCUGGGAAUCGAAGACGACGAGAGCAAGCUGGAGCUGACAUUAGGCCCAUCGUGUUACAAUAAUCGCAGGAGGAAAGCAGCAGAGGCGGCUUCAGAUUCUGCUCUCAGCUUUUCCUCUUCCUCCUCAGAUUAUUCUAGCCAUGUAAGGAGGAGCAGUUCAGGGAAGGCUGCAGAGUCAAAUCUUGGUGAAAUCAAAAGCAGAUCCAAUGCUCCUCCUGCACAGCAGUUUACACAAGAUCAGAUGAAGAAGACCCACCCUCCUUGGCUUUUCCAGUUCUUGAGCCUAAACAUGACUUGAAGUUGAAGUUUGAAAAACAGAUGAUCAUAACAUGCUAGACUAGCUUCUGUGAUUGUUAAUUGUGUGCAGUUUUUUCUUCUAUCAGUAGAGCCUUUUUCACACUUGUCAAUUCUCCAUUUCUUUGCUUUACUAACACAGAUUGGAGCCAAGAAAAUGGCUCAGAUUUCAGCAGAUAAA